UUGGGCGAGUUCAAAGCAAGAAAACAUGGAUCGUUGCUGUUUCAAGAACCGUCGCUGCCUUGUCGCAAGGGCUGCAUUUAUAUAUAACAAUAACAUUGGCUUUAACUACUUGAAUUGCAUGUGAAUCUGUAUAGUGAGAGAUGGCAAAACCCUGCUCGAUGUUUCCAAGGCUAUUGCUAAUGGGUGCUUCUGUGGCGGUUGUUUUCUCAAUUGGUGCUUGUGGGUCUCCACAAGUUCCAGCCUUCUUUGUGUUUGGAGACUCUUUAGUCGAUGAUGGAAACAAUAAUUUCUUGAACUCCUUCGCUAAAGCAAACUACUUGCCCUAUGGUGUUGAUUUCGAUGGAGGUCCUUCGGGACGAUUCUGCAAUGGGAGAACAAUCAUCGACUUCCUUGGGGAGCUACUGGGUCUUCCAUAUAUACCGGCAUACAUGAACACGCUUGAAGAUGACGGAAGCAUUCUAAGAGGGGUGAACUAUGCUUCUGCUGCUGCUGGCAUUCUAGACGAGUCGGGAAGACAGCUCGGAGAUCGAUUCUCGCUGCGACGACAGGUGGAUAAUUUCCGGAGCACAUUGAGCCAGCUCAAGAACCAAAUGGGAGAGGAGGAGUUGAGGCAGUACCUGGCCAAAUCGCUGGUGAUGAUGAACCUUGGCAGCAACGACUACGUCAACAAUUACCUCAUGCCUUCCCUCUAUGACACCAGCUCCCUCUUCAAUCCCUGUGACUAUGCUCAGAUUCUCAUCACCAAUUACACUACACACAUUGUGGCAUUGCACAAUCUGGGGCUGAGGAAAUUCUUGAUUGCUGGGGUUGGGCCACUCGGUUGCAUGCCUAAUCAGCUGGCCAAUGGAGCUGAUGCACCCGGGAAAUGCAUAUCCACGGUCAACGACAUGGUCGGGUUGUUCAACGCGCGUCUCAGGUCUCUCGUGGACCAACUCAACGCCAAUGCUCGCGGCCAAGGUGCCAUUUUUGUGUACGGCAAUACUUUCGAUCUCUUCGCCGACAUCGUGGCCAACGGCGAUACUUACGGAUUGAGGGUGGUGGACAGAGGGUGCUGCGGGAUAGGAAGGAACCGAGGUCAGAUAACAUGUCUGCCGUUGCAAAUGCCAUGCACGAACAGAGACGAAUACGUGUUCUGGGACGCAUUCCAUCCGACGCAGGCCGUGAACAAGAUCAUUGCCGAGAGAGCGUACGCUGGUCCUCCUUCCGUCUGCUACCCGAUCAACGUCAAGCAAAUGGCUUCUGGUGCCUAA